UUGCUGCAUUCACAAGUCAAUUUUUUCAUGUGGUUUCAGGUGUCGCGAAAAUUAAUUGGCGACGUUAUGAACUUUGCCGUCGGCGUUGUCUGGUGAUGAUUCAUAGCGACGACAUCAAAUACAGAAAUAGAACGACUGGCUUAAGAAUUGUACCUUAACGUAGAGUAAACAAAGAUUUUUAACAUCGUGGAAUUGCAAUAUUGGAAAAUUCUGAAAUGACUUGAUGAUGCAAUAUCGGAUUUGGGAACUGAAAACAUGAAGCCCUUCUCUUUGCGAACUUUUAAAAUAGGCAUAGUCGUUGCUCUCUUUUGUUGGACAAUAAUUAGUUGUUUUUCUUGGACAAAAAGGGGAAAAUUCUUCGCUAAGAGUGAGGAAAAAGUAAAGUUGAAUACAGAAUUCAAUUUUGAAAGAUACAUAGCCCAGCAAAAAUUUAAGUCAGAAGAUCCUUAUAUAAGAAAUUCAUUUAAUCAAAAACGAAGUGAUGAAAUACGCACAGAUAGAGAUUUACCUGAUUCACGGAAUCGACAAUGUCUCAACCACCAAUAUAACCUCAAAAUACUUCAGAAAAAGAAAACUUCGGUUAUAAUCACUUUUCACAAUGAAGCGAGAUCUACUCUUCUGAGAACUGUGGUUAGUGUACUAACAAGAAGUCCGGAAGAACUAAUAAAAGAAGUUAUAUUGGUUGAUGAUUUCAGUGAUGAUCCUGAUGAUUGCAAAAUGCUUGAAAGGAUUCCAAAAGUUAGAUGUAUUCGAAAUACACAGAGAGAAGGUCUGAUAAGGUCUCGGGUGUCUGGUGCCAUCCGAGCUGUUGCUCCAAUCUUAACUUUUCUUGAUUCGCAUUGUGAAUGUAAUGUUGGAUGGUUGCCACCUUUAUUGGAAAGAGUUACAGAGGACUCCACAAGAGUGGUUAGCCCCAUUAUUGAUAUAAUAAAUAUGGAUAAUUUCAAUUAUAUGUCGGCAUCGGCAGAUCUGAGGGGUGGCUUUGAUUGGAGCUUGCAUUUUAAAUGGGAACGACUCGAUGCAGAAACACUAGAAAAGCGAUAUGACUCCGUCGGCCCCAUUAGAACUCCUGUGAUAGCUGGAGGCCUGUUUGUCAUUGAUAAAUAUUGGUUCAAUAGACUUGGAAAAUAUGAUACUGCAAUGAACAUUUGGGGAGGCGAAAAUUUUGAAAUUUCAUUCAGAACGUGGAUGUGUGGGGGAACCCUUGAAAUCAUACCUUGCAGUAGAGUUGGACAUGUCUUCAGAAAAAAGCAUCCGUAUACUUUUCCUGACGGAAACGCUAAUACUUAUAUAAGAAACACAAGAAGAACGGCAGAAGUAUGGAUGGACGAUUAUAAAAAAUAUUAUUUUGCUGCAAGACCGUCCGCAAUAAAUAAAAAUUAUGGAAAUAUUGAUGAAAGAAAAAAGUUGAGAAAAGAUCUUCAAUGCAAAACUUUUGAAUGGUAUCUGGAUACAAUUUAUCCACAGCUCAGAAUACCAUUGUUAACAAAUCCAUUGUCAACUUUUAUACUUCGUGUUAAAGAUGAUGAUAAUUGUGUUGGUCCAUCAUCGGAACAAAUUCUUGAGUUUCAAUCUUGCAGUAAAAAUGAAGAAAAUCAGAUUUGGAAAUUGUCUCCAGAAGGUCACCUUGAACAUCAGGGUACACGCAGAUGUGCAGAGCCUGUUAAAAUGCUUGAUAAAUUACAUAUUGUGUUGACACCAUGCAUGGGAAGCAUUUCUGAUCAAAGAUGGAAGAUAAAAGACAAUAUGAUCAUUCAUAGGAUCAGUGAACUUUGUGUAUAUUCAUGCCCGACUGUUAAUGGAGCCCCGUUGCAUCAAUUAACGCUAGUCAACUGUAAAUCUAAUUCUACGCAAAAACCAACUGAAUGUAGAGAAUGGAAUAAAAUUGUAACAGAACGAUAGUGACAUCACCAAUAAAUUGGUUUUGUUAGUAAGGAUUUCAUACUUGCUGAUAUUUUUCAAACGGCAUAUAAAAAACUGGUGCUGCAGAUAAAUAUGGUGGAAUGCUUCUUCGUGUCUUACCCAAUCAUAGAUUGUGUCUUAUGAAUGAGAUUGAGUCAAAUUUUAAAGUUUUCACUUAGAAUUUGGUGUUAAUUGUGUAAUCUACUAGCACUAGUAAAUCACAUUGGGUUUUGUUUGGAAAAUCGAAAAAAAAAUUAUGAAACGUUUUUGAGAACUGUGAAAUCUACCAUUGUGCAUUUAAAUUUGGCUAACAGAAUUAUUUUUAAUAAAUUUUAAAACUAGUAAAAUCUUGGGAUAAAGAUCCCUAGCAUGUGGACUAUUUUAACACCAUAAUCACAACCAAGUUGAACCAACAUAUUGCGGUCAUCAUAUUUGUCAAACCACCUGUCAUAACUUUGACAAGUCUAUAUUCAUUACAUUAUUUUGAUAAAUUAGAAACAUUAGAUUUGAUUUUGAACUGAAAAACAAUUGGACUGUCAUUACGAAAUUUGGUAAAACACUUUUUGCUUUAAACAAAGUUUCAUCUCAUAUGUUCUGAUUGUGAUUUUUAUUGGUAUUUGUCUGUCCGUACUGUGAUCCACUGUGUUCCUUGUCAAACAAAUAUACGAUUUUGGGGCCUUUUUUGUGAUAGAAUUUACAACUGCAAUAUUAGUAACAUAUGUGCCUUUUCUGUAUCUUUAAUGUAUCAUGCAGUACAUAGUAAUUGUGGUGCUGAUUAUGGUUAAUCUAAAGUAAAUGUGUAGUUUUUAAUUUUCGACACAAUGCCAGUGUUAUCCAUUCUGUAAGUCUUAUUUUGAUUCGUUUUUGUAUUGGUCAUCAUAUGAUCAGUAUUAAAAUCUGAAAGUCAUAAAUUAAAUUACGAAAAUUUUUUUUUGAUAUUUAACUAAUGGUAGGCACAUACAUGUAUGUAUUGUAAAAAAUGUAAUUAAACAUUGAUCAAAAUAAUAAAAAACUGACUUCAUAACAAAAUUGAAAUGGGACCUUAUGAAUGAACACCUUGUAUGUACUAUACUUUUUUGAAGAAUCAUUUUACACCAUGUCUCGGACUUACAUUUUCCUAUGGAUGAAAUUUUGAAAUAUUUCAGAAUUGAGCCCAAUCCUACCAGUAAAUCAUGUAGUUCUGAUCUGUGUAUAAGUGUAUUACACCUUAAUGGAGUGGUUCUCAACCUUUUUUUCCUCCCUACCUGUGCAUUGAAAAAUCAGUUCACGUUAUUUGUUCAAUUUUUAAAAGAUACUUAGCUGAUGUUAUGCACGACUCUCAGUCUGGGUUUACUACGAUUUGAAUAGUCCAUAAUGCGUGCAUACAUAUGUAUUACAAUAAAAGUAACUAAUAUUAGUAGAACUGCACUGAAUACAAAGUAAUAUUUCUGUAUUUCCUCCAAGAAAAACAAAACCCCUCUUUGGUUGGGAAACACUACCUUAAUGCAUGUAAUAAUGUGAAAUAACGUAGAUAGUUGCUUUAUUUGAGUGACAUAUUUCUAAAUAUAUGCAGUGUUAUUAAGCUCUUUCUGUCCAUAAUUUAUUUUUAUUUUAAAAACCAACAAGUGCUAUCAAUUAUCGGUGCAAAUAUUUUCUUGUUAUCAUUUUAUCAAACAAUAUAUUAUGGUGCUAUUCUGGUAGAACUGUUAAUCCAAUACUCCUGUUAAUCAUCAUGACAAAUGUAAUCUAUCCUUUGAAGUUAAAUUUAACAGACAUGGAAUUUUGCUUAUCAAGACAUUGACGUACUACUUUCUAAUCUUAUAAGCGUUUCUCAAAGUUAUAACACGUAAUGUUCUAAAUUUAUGCAUGAUAUGUGUACCUAUUUGUUUUUGAACGCCUGAAAAGUUUUAUACCGCUGAGUUUGGGAUUCGAAAAAAAAGGGACGAAGCAAAAAAUAAAUCUUUGAAGCAUUACAAGAAGUCAUGAUUAUGAAAAAAAAAUUUCUGAAAACUUUUCCAUAUGUUCUUAACACUUAAUGUUCUAAAUUUAUGCAUAUGUUAUGUGUACCUAUUUAAGUUUUGAAGGCCUGAAGACUUUUAUACUGCUAAA